AAUCGAUCGAAAUAGUCCGCUGUAUAUGCUUUCGGCAUCAGAUAUGUUGAAGGAACGCUUUGAAGUUGUUUGCAUGCUGGAGGGUGUGGUUGAGUCCACUGGCAUGACGACGCAAGCGCGCAGCAGUUACCUGCCCUCGGAGAUCCUUUGGGGUCAUCGUUUUGUGAACGUGGUCUCUUUUCGCAAGGAGACUGGCGAGUAUGAAGUGGACUAUACGCUCUUCAAUAACACCUAUGACGUGGAUACGCCACUGUGUAGUGCCAAACAAUUGGAUGAUGUGAAGGCGGAGUAUGCGAAAAACUCCAAGUUGGGAUUAG